AUGGAGUCUUCUUAUUCAUCGCCAGAUUACCCGAGGGCAACAACCAAUUCUGAUGGAAAGAAAGAAAAGUCUCCUUGUGGAAGUGAAUGUGAUGGAACCCUUUCAUUGAGUUCUUCAACUCGUGGAUCGGAAGUUAAUGGACUGCCAGAUAAAUACCGGGAUACCGGAAUCAAGAACAGAACUAACAAGAAAACUCUGAAAAAUUUUAGGAAUCUAAAAACAUUCAGGAGAAGGGCUAGAUCAAGAGCCGGUGAUUGGAUUUUUAUGGAUAUGUCUGAUGAUGUAGUAACACCUCAACCGAAAUCUUUGCUCCAAGUAUCAGAUGAAACACCGCGUUACAUGCAGGCAACUAGUUCUUCCAAAGGGAAAAAGGCGAAUUUUCAGGAAAUUCACCCAAAUUCUGAAUUUUGCUUUGAUAAUAGUGAUCGUAGUAGUUCACAUUCUUCACAAUCGAAUGCGGCUUCUCUCAGUGUUGAAUCUAUGCAAACUUCAUCGACUGCGUUGAACCUUAGAAAUGUGAAAAUUCUAGUAAAGAAGACAAGUUUCAAGCCCAAGAGGUCUUCGUUGAAGUAUUCUCAAGUUUCUCAGGAUGUAAAUGUUGAUAGAGCAACAUAUUCUUCCACACUCAAGGACUCGAAGUUUGCCAAACGUGUGGAGCUUGUUCCCGGGGAAACUGAACCUGAAAAGAUUUCAGUAAUGAAAGUGUGUCGAUACCAUCACUGUUCUCUUCAUGGACACUGUGACGAGGCUCACGAUCCUGUGCAUCCAAAAAAGCACUUCUUGUACAAUAGAAGACGAUCGCUGAAGAAAAAAAAGAGCACGAAACCCAGAUCCAAGGCUACACCUGUCACAAAACGCUCUAGGGAUAGAAGGAAAGAUCUUCAGAGAUGGCAAAUGAUUUCUAAUGUACAGCCAUUGGCGCAAGGAGAGAGUGACAGUAUAGCCACCUCUUAUGUUGAUAAUGAGGGGGAUAUCCCUAGUUCGUGUGCAUUAGAAUUAAAAAUGAAUGAAACAUCUUGCCUCAGUGCUUCAAAUGUUGUGGAUUCUGAUACGGAGAUCAAUACUAAACCAAAAUCUAGGCUGUUUGGAGAUGUGUACAAUGGUAUUCAAGAGUCCGAUCUUGUCGAAAUUGCAUUUGGUGAAACAUCAUACCCUGAGGAAAGUUACAAGGAGAGUCUUAAUGGAGUCAAGAAUUAUGUUACACAGGAGCAAGGAAUUGUUUGUUUGAAGUGCUCUUGCAUCAAAAGACAACCAAAUGAGUAUAAAAGGACUGCUCAUGUAGACUUCCCACACCGUCGAGUUCCAGAAUCAAAUCUUGGGCAUGGGUACAAUCAUGAGACCCGUCAAAGUGGAGCUGCUGAUUUUUCUGAGACACAUGCAUCUGCCAUUUCUUUGAAACUAGAUAUACAAAUCAGUGCCCAAAAUAAGGAUACUACAACUUCCAUUCGAGGAGAAUGUGAUUUUACUGCAUCUGACAUGUCGAAUGCAUCAACUCCUGACAAUUUUGACGAAGUUACAGAAAGUAACAAGGUCAUCUCACCAGCUUCAGAUAAUACCCGUUUUCAUGAAGAAAACAAACCUUUUUUAAGCAAAGUUAGGCAUAUCAGUAUGUGGAACUUGAUACAUCAACAUAUGGCAGAAACUAUGUCUGCAGAGUCUGUAAACCAGCCACUUCACGGUGUUGAUGGUUCCAAUGUAUUGCCUGCAAAAGAAAGUUUUCAAAUGUGCACGGAUUUUUCUGGUUCUGAUAUGGGCAUACCGAACAGCGACUGUGAAACUCAAGAUGUUGAAGUCCGCAAGCUUUUUGCAGUCAAGCUAGUCCGAGAUGCAAUUGAGAAGAUUCUUCUUCCAGAAGUUCAAGACCAGACAUCCGAUGAUCAGUCAAUGACAAGCGACUCCACUCAUGAACACGAACUCUUCGAAAAGAAUCAAGAUGAAGGCUGUGUACAAGAAAGUUCCAGAGAAUAUGAGCCUGAUAAGGGGGAGGGCAAUGCACCAGCUGAUCUGAAGGAGGUAGGUGUCGCCGAUACUGAUAUUUCUGGUCAAAAGAUGGUGCACACUGACAAAAAGUUUGGAAGCAAAUCUCAGAAGAAAGCACCAAAACAUUGGAGUAAUCUUAAAAAAUGGAUUUUGCUUCAAAGAUUCAUCAAAGAAUUAGAGAAAUUGAGGAAAUUUAAUCCAGGGAGCCCAAGCCCACAGCAUCUGCCUUUGAAGCCUGAACCUGAUUCAGAAAAAGUCAACUUACGGCCUCAAACAGUGGACGAGAGGAAGAAAGCAGAGGAGUGGAUGCUUGAUUAUGCACUGCGCCAAGCAGUCAGUCAGCUUGCCCCUACUCAGAAAAGAAAAGUGUCUUUGCUAGUAAAAGCCUUUGAAACGGUGGUUAAACCGAAUGAAGAUAAUAGCCAAAAAUUUGCUGGCAUUACCCAUGAAGCGGACGAGUCUCUUUGUAAAGAAAAUGGCGAAGACAAUGAGGCCAAAGAAAUAGUUGAAUUGAAAUCUGAUAAUGGUGAAACAGCACUUGAACACAACUUACAGGGAAUUCAAGAGGAUUCAGUUGUCUGUUUAAACUCCAAGUUUUGCAAUGGUAAUUUCCUCCCAACCAUCGGGAAAAAAGAGACCAAAAAUCCAGAUUACGGAAGCAGUGAAUCCAAAAAUUUGAUUCUAGAUGGUAAUGGAUUAUCAACUGAGGAUACUAUUUCGUCAGCUGUUCAUAGUGGUACGCUCAAUCUAGAAACGAAAGUAAUGGUUGAGGCUGAUCAAGAUUCUGCGCCAGAACUCAGAGUAUUUCAAGAAGUUAACAAAUCUGAUAGCAAAGAUUCAGAGACAGAGAAUGGGUCACACAAUAUCCAGUUGGAAAGGCAAAACUAUAUCAGAAUGUGGCAUUCGAUAUAUCAGCAUGUGGUAUCGGGUAUUGCUGCAAAAGUUGGAAGCCAACUUCUUGAUGGAACAGAUGAUGAGGAAGUAGAAGAUUGCAAUGAAUUGCCUAAAAUAAGCAAUGGUGAUUAUUUGGGCAAGGAAAAUCGUGUUCCUAGCCAUUUGAAUGGUGCAUUCACUAAAACUGAUGCGGUCAAACUCGUACAAGAGGCAGUUGAUGAGAUCCUUCUUCCAGAAGUUCAAGACGACUCAUCUGAUAUGCAAUCAGUUACAAGUGACUUUAGUCCAGACCAGGAGAUCUCAGAAAGUCUUAACAAAGAAAACGAGACGCAAUGUACCACAUGUGAAGGUGGAAUUUCAGUUGGUCAAGAAGACCAGAGACUAAAGUCGGCCAGAAAAACCGAGUCACUGAAAUCCAAGAACUGGAGCAAGCUGAAAAAAUUAAUCCUCCUCAAGAGAUCCAUAAAAGCAUUAGAGAAGGCAAGGACACUUAACCUGCGACCACCAUGGCACCACUCAGUUAUGCCUGAUACUGAACAAGAGAAAGCUGACUUGAGGCAUCAAAUGAUGGACGAGAGAAAAAAGGCUGAGCAAUGGAUGCUAGACUAUGCAGUUCAACACAUUGUCACGAAACUAACCCCAGCCCGGAAAAGAAGGGUGUCAAUGCUUGUUGAAGCUUUUGAAGCAUUGUGUAUAAAGAUGCUUCAAGGAUGA